UUGCGUAAUGAGAUGGAUAGAAGCAAUGCCGCGCAAAAUCCCGAAGAUGCGCGCAACUCAGAAACGUGCGUCAUUGAAGUUCCUUAUGACGGAAGGAAAUGUAUCAUUUUUUGUGGGGUGAAUUCUGCCAAGUUUUCAGACGCUGUUCACAGCUGCGAAACGGCUGAAGUACUUAUUCUACGUGAUUCUGAUCUGGAAGACAUUCCGAAAUCGAUCGAAUUUCUCAGAUUCUUGCAAAUAUUGAUUAUCAACGGAUGUUCUUUAAGGAUAUUGCCAGAGUCGGUUAUUUCUCUGCAAAGUCUAGCCCUUCUGGAUCUCUCUGGAAACAAACUUACCACUCUGCCUGAGGAAGUCGGAAGAUUAUCAUCCCUGAAAGUUCUGAAUCUUUCUUGCAAUAUCUUAAGCGAAAUUCCAGAGACUGUGUACGACCUGUUGAACCUUCAGUCUUUAGACUUGUCAGAAAACAACCUAUCAGUAUUGUCUCCGUCGAUCAGGAAGCUGAAAGGGCUGCAAGUUUUAUUAUGUGCAUCCAAUCAACUCAGGUAUUUGCCUGAGGAAAUAACAUGCCUGUCAAAUCUUCUAGUACUCCGACUGAUGAACAACCAAUUAUGCUACCUUCCGAGAGCGUUCUCAAGCCUGAAGAGCCUACUGGUUUUACAGUUAGAUAGUAACCAUUUCGACCAUAUCCCCUCUCAAUUGUUCAAAUGUGUGUCGCUUGUUGAAUUGAGUAUGCAAGACAACAAAAUCAUGGGGGUCCUACCCAAGGAACUCUCUCAACUUGUCAAUUUGAGGGCUUUGAAUAUUGCAUACAAUUAUUUCACUACGCUGACAGAUGCACUCACUAAACUCGAGAAGUUAGAAUACCUCAAUCUAAAUGGAAACAGCAUGAGAAAUGUUGACAUAAGUUUAAGGACUUUACAGCAGCUUCAAGAGAUUUCUUUCGCUGGUUGUGGAAUGAGUUCUGUACCAGAUGAUAUUGGGUGUUUGAAAAAUUUAAUGAUUUUGAACUUGAGCGGAAACAGGAUAAAAGGUUUCCCCAAAGACAACACUAACCUGUCAAAACUCAGUGCCAUUUCUCUAUCGAAAAACGCCUUUUCUGUAGUCCCAAGGUGGAUCUGUGAUUUGCGGAACUUGGUUGUGCUCGAGCUUCCGUAUAACCGAUUGAGAGACUUACCAGUCGAAUUCGAGAGGGUUCUGCCCACUUUACGCCAACUGGACCUGUCUUUUAAUUUGUUUUCCGCUAUACCGAGCUGUAUUCUUUGCCACAACAACCGAUUAUCUUAUCUUUGUUUGGAUUCUAACCCACUCGUUCAUCUUCCCGAUGAGAUCUCUACGCUCCACGACCUAACGCACCUAUCAGUUUCAAAUUGUAACCAGCUUCGCCGAUUUCCAGAUGGUUUGGGGCAAUGUACCAGCUUGCGAAUGAUUCGAGCAUCUCACUGUUCUCUGGAGAUUCUGCCCACAACUCUAAUACAUUUAACUUCUCUGAAGUAUCUUGAUUUGUCACACAACCAGUUUGAACAUUUUCCCAUCGUUGUGUGUUUUAUACCGAGGCUAAAGGUAUUUCUCUAUGACCAGCAAGAAGGAAGGCCGCUGGAUUCUAGUGAGUCGCCACGGGGCUGGUUUAGCCGCAGCAAUCUUUUAUAUCCAGAAGGAACAUUGGAUGAUGCGCCUGGAAGUACUGAAUUACCUGAUGAAGAUGAAAAAUUAAUGGCUCUCACCUUAGAGGAGGCGCUUUUGCACCAGUACACCACAGGAAUGAAGCUCCCUGCAGCGAUAGGGAAAUUAUCUCAGUUGGUUCACAUUUCGUUACAGGGGAAUGGCUUGUUUGUUUUGCCGGACGUUUUUCAUCUUAUGAAUCUAAAGAGAGCAAACCUUAGCAACAACAGAUUGCGGUUUCUACCUCCCAGGUUUCACAAGUGCAAAUACAUGACGCAUCUCUAUUUGCAAGACAACCAGAUUGAGAAGCUGGAUGAAACGCUUCAGCAACUUAAAACAUUACAGGUCCUCACUUUGGCAGGGAAUCCACUUAUUAGUCCUCCAAUAGAUGCAUGCUCUGGAAGAAAAGUCUUUCCCGUAUAUGAAUAUCAACAGAUGCAAAAGUUAUUUGACGAUGCACUGCUUCGGUUGAUGUGUUCAACCUUGGUAAACGCGCUUCCAAAGGAGUCAACGCAUAAUUUCCUACUAAAGUUGGGAUUUCCGCCUUCCUCUAUCGAAAAGCUGGAGCAGGAGUUCCCGGGUGGUUAUAAUCACACUAAACGUUUGUUGUUGGCUUUGGAAACUUGGACUGGUUUGCCGCUCCAAUUUGAUACCACUACAAAAACUAUGAACACAUCAACUACAUCUGGUCGUUCACCCGGACUCGACUCCUCCCGCCAGGGAGGUGAGGUUGAGAUAGACCCAGCAGAAAAAGUGCCUGCGGAGUCUCGUGCCAGAGAAGAGGAAUCUCCCAAUCGGACGCAGGAGGUGGCGAAAAGUUUUGGGGCACAGGAAUUUCAAUCGAUGAAUUCUGAGGGUUUGUCCAGUGCACAGUUAUUGGCCUAUACGGACUUACCAGCUCUUCUAAGACCAACGCUCACCGGACCGGAAGCUAGUCCUUAUCGUCUUCUACAUGUCACCUAUCUUCUUGAUCUCCAAGCACUGCAUGAGGUUUUAUCCUUUCAACUACUGAAGGCGCAACAGCCGCGUUUCUAAAUGUGUUCAGCACAAAUAGAUGAUUAUUCAUGUAAAUGUUAGUCAAUUUGAGGAAUGAUCUAUUCACACAUUGAGUUCACAUGUUUCUUCAGUCGAGUGCAAACUUUACGCUACUCUCCGGAUUAGUUUUGUUGACAUCUUAAUGAAAUAUAGUAGAUCAUAUUAAGCCAUUUUGACACAUACCAUUACCAGUAACAUUACUCA